GAGCCGGCGGGGCGCGCGACCCCGUCCUCCGCCCGGCGCACUCUCGGCACACGCGUCCGUCUGCAUGGUGGAUAUCAUUCUCCAUUAUCCUUUCCUGGGUGCCAUGGGGGAUCCUUGCAAGAAGAAGCCAGGCACAGCCACGUGCGUGGGCUGCGGGAGUCAGAUCCACGACCAGUUCAUCCUGCGGGUGUCCCCCGACCUCGAGUGGCACGCCGCCUGCCUCAAGUGCGCCGAGUGCAGCCAGUACCUGGACGAGACGUGCACGUGCUUCGUGAGAGACGGGAAAACCUACUGUAAACGGGACUAUGUCAGGCUGUUCGGCAUCAAGUGCGCCAAGUGCCAGGUGGGCUUCAGCAGCAGCGAUCUGGUGAUGCGCGCGCGGGACAGCGUGUACCACGUCGAGUGCUUCCGCUGCUCCGUGUGCAGCCGCCAGCUGCUGCCCGGCGACGAGUUCUCGCUGCGGGAGCACGAGCUGCUGUGCCGCGCGGACCACGGCCUCCUGCUCGAGCGCGCGGGAGCCGGCAGCCCGCGGAGCCCAGGCCCGCUCCCGGCGCGCGGCUUACAUCUGCCAGAGCCCGGGCCCGGCCGGCAGCCCGCGCUGCGCCCGCACGUGCACAAGCAGGCGGAGAAGACGACUCGCGUGCGGACGGUGCUCAACGAGAAGCAACUGCACACGCUGCGGACCUGCUACGCCGCCAACCCGCGGCCCGACGCGCUCAUGAAGGAGCAGCUGGUCGAGAUGACCGGCCUGAGCCCGCGGGUCAUCCGCGUCUGGUUCCAGAACAAGCGUUGCAAGGACAAGAAGAAAUCCAUCCUCAUGAAGCAGCUGCAGCAGCAGCAGCACAACGACAAGACGAGCCUGCAGGGACUGACUGGGACGCCGCUGGUGGCCGGCAGCCCCAUCCGCCACGAGAGCGCCGUACAGGGCAGCGCGGUCGAGGUGCAGACGUACCAGCCACCGUGGAAAACUCUCAGCGAGUUCGCGCUGCAGAGUGACCUGGACCAACCUGCCUUCCAGCAGCUGGUCUCCUUCUCUGAGUCUGGCUCCCUGGGCAACUCCUCUGGCAGCGACGUGACCUCCCUGUCCUCGCAGCUCCCCGACACGCCCAACAGCAUGGUGCCGAGUCCGGUGGAGACGUGA